AUGGGUUACCCGCCUACCGAGAGCGAUGUCGUCAGCAUUGACAGCGAGGGUGAAGAGCAGGAGACCGGCGCAGAAUGUGGCAGCGACAAAUGGUCGGUUAUUUCAGUCGAUUCAGCUGUCGUUGUUGACAACGAUCGCGAGGACAUUGGCGACGACAUUGGCAACAUGUCUGUGGUUCUGGACCUACCGUAG